UAAAUACAAAAAUAGAUAAAUGUCACCUAACUCAUUUGCAAAAAAAAUUCAAAGUAACUAUUUAUUUUAACUUAUUAUGGUAAUAGAAGAUGAACCUAAAGACGUUAAACUUCACGAAUGGAACAUUUUACCAAAAAACACCACUCCGGCUUGCAAACCCGAACCGAAACCGUUUCUAAAACAAAGAAAAAAACCUAAUUUAGCGGCAAUAACAUGGACUGUUAGCGAUUUAUCUAAGGCGGGCUCUUUACUAUCGGUACCGCCUUUACAGGUCACAUUUGAAGAUGAACAGGAGAUGAGAAGAGUGUAUUCACUUAUUUAUGAUGUUUUCAGAUAUAAAAAAGUAUUAACGCAAGCCUUGAACGAUGUAUUAUUUUAUCAGAUACAUCCAAAGCUUGAAAACACCGCCCACCACAUUUGGUUACUAUUUUACGACUUGUAUCAUAGAAGUUUCAAAAAACGUGAAACAUCAGUGGCAACUUUGGCUUCGAAACUAUUUGAUUCCGUUGGUUUAUCUUACGCUGAAAAUGCACUAUGGUCUCAAAAAAUAAGACUAGCCGCUGCUGUAGCUCGGUUGAGAAUUAAGCACAAUGCUUUAUCAUUGGACGAAUUAUUGCCUGCACAUUUGAAAAAUGAGAAAGUCACUGAACAGGCUAAACAUAAUCCAGUCACUUGCUGGGUGAACUGCCUGAAAGUCCCUGAUAUUGAAGAAUUGACUAAAAACAUUGAAAAUACAUUUGACCUCAAAAUGGUAGUCGACUUAGGAAGUUUAGAUAAAAAAACUUUCAAAUGGGACAGACAUUGCCCUCAAAUCAUGGGAUUUCAUUCUUCGAUGAGAGGAAAGCUGGCAAAAAGUCCAUUUGUUAAGAAUCAUAUGCUGAUAGUUCAGGACAAAUCCUUUUGUCGAGGAGCUGCAACUUUUGGAAAAGUCCUAAUCGACUUGGGACUAACAGGAAGCGUGAUACAGACUCACGUGAACUCGCCCAGAACUACAGCUUAUUUGGCCACACUUUUAACACACAAUGAAAAAAUUAAAAAGUUAAUGGCCUUCAGUGCAGGUAAAAGGAAACCCGAAUAUGAGCAUUACUUUACUGAACUUGGAGUUACAAAUAUAAGAAUAUUUGCUGACCGAUUAAUUGAUUCACCUCCAGAUGCUUCGUAUAUGGAAGAAGUUGUAGCAGUAUUCGCUACACCCCCAAAUAGUUACUCUGCAGUUACAGAUCCAAUUGACUUGGUAUGUAGUCGUGGUGGGGACCUGACAAUGCUAGAAGUACUAACAGAAUCAGAGGAAAGCAAAGAAGCAAAAGAUCGAGUAAUAAGUAUUUUGGAAGAACAAAGAAAAACUUUACGUUUUUCUAUGUCAAGACCUCAAAUACAGUUUGUUCUUUAUGAAACCCAUUCGGAAUUGGAGGCUGAAAACGACGACAUGGUCAACAGGACCUUAAAAGAUAUAAAUCGUUUGGCAAAAUUGCAACAUGCAGCAUUGUUGGGGAAAUCUCCAAUGCCUGAUUUACCAAUCGAUGAGGAAACCCAAGAAACUGAUGAUCCUCUAAAUGUGCCCUCGCACACUGAAGGAAGUGCGGAAACUGAGCAACCGACUAGGAAUUCUUUGGGCUCUGCCAAUUCGAAAUCAGUCCAGAUAGAUGUAGAGGAGAAGCUCCUUGAUUCUCUCCAGGUUCCUGACACUGAUAUUUUUAUCACUCCAGAAUUACCAAAUUUAUGCCCAAAUGAAAACUCUUGUAUUAAUUUUCGCAAGGAAGGUUGCUAUUUAUCUCUAAUACGUAGAAAGGAAAUAAUUCGUUUAGACGACAAAUAUAUGAUCCAAAUGGCAGAGAAUCGUGGUCUUUUUGGCAGCACAACAAUGCAAAAUACAACUAAGUCUAAAAGUACCAAAGCGUCAAGGAAGAAACAAGAGAAACAUGAUAGAAAGCCAAAGUCGAGAAAAAAAUUAAAGGAAACUGAAGUGCGAGAAGAAGCUUCUCAAACAUCAGAUGAAUCCACGGAUGAGUCUGAUGAUGAAGAAGAGGAGGAAUAUGAUUCAGAGGAAGAUUCAGAGAGAAUUUCAACUCCCAGUAGUCCCACUACUUCUACAUUAUAUGUGAAAAAAUGGUUGGGGAAAAAUAUAUUGAGCAGGUUAACAAGCGCCCAUAUAAGACGUUUCGUAUCUCCAGACUUCAAAGGAGAUAGUUUUUAUAAUUUUCGGGUUCCCUCUCUGGCCAUUGUCCCAAAAACCAAGAAAAAUAUCGUUCCCAAAAAAGAAGUUAUCCGACGUAAAGUUGUCGAGGUGAAUCCGAAGGACAUUGAUUUGAAAAAAAAGACGAAUGUACUAGCCAAACCUAGCAAGAAAUAUAGAGAUAAAAUGAAGAAAAUCGUAUUGGAGAGGCUGUGCACACCCACAUUGAGUUUUAUUUUGAGAACACGAAAGUCCCCGGAAACCCAAGAAGAAAAAAAUAAUCCCCCCUCCUCACCAUGUAGCAAAUAUAGGAAAAAUCAUUUCCAUAAAAAAUAGAGGAAUAGAAGACUACCAAUAGACACUGAAAAUAUUAUAUUGAUUCUGACAAAUAAAAACCAUAAUCGUAA